AUGCCUGAACCAGCGAAGUCUGCGCCCAAGAAGGGCUCCAAGAAAGCCGUGACCAAGACCGCCGGCAAAGGAGGCAAAAAGAAGAAGAGGACCAGGAAGGAGAGCUAUGCCAUCUACGUGUACAAGGUGCUCAAGCAGGUCCAUCCCGACACCGGCAUCUCGUCUAAGGCUAUGAGCAUCAUGAAUUCGUUCGUCAACGACAUCUUCGAGCGCAUCGCCGGAGAAGCGUCUCGCCUGGCUCACUACAACAAGCGCUCCACCAUCUCUUCCCGGGAGAUCCAGACCGCUGUGCGCCUGCUCCUCCCUGGUGAGCUGGCCAAGCACGCCGUGUCCGAGGGAACAAAGGCCGUCACCAAGUACACCAGCUCCAAGUAAAACGGUCCUCGUCCUUCUCUUCCCAACGGCUCUUUUCAGAGCCACCCACUGCAUUUGACGAGCUUGUCGUUCUCCCAUGUUCACGAGUAACUACUUUGACUAAGUGUCUGAGGUUCUUACACAGAAAGGCGUUGAUUCACACAUUCUGCACUGGACUUGGACCUGGUCUUGGUGUGUUCCCUCUACUAGCUGCCAGCAGCUACUUCGAAAACGGAACAUA